GCCAUCCUCAGCGCCAGAUCGAUCUUCGACCCUAGCUGCCCAGCCAAUUUUCCAUCCCUAUACGUCAGCGACAAGCAGCAAUGACAAUCGUAUGGAUACCGGCCAGUUCGUCGCGUCGAGAGUGAUCACAAAUCGGAAAGAUUGCGAAAGACUGGCUGCUACAAAAGAAUUCGAGGCGGCGAAAAAGGCAAAGCGCUUUCAAGCCGAUGCCCGUUCACAGAUCCUGCGACAGAUCGAGGAGGAUAGACAGACAAUGAAGGAGCGGAGGAAGGCGCCCCAAACCAACGCAUCUAAUUCCCCAUCUCAGCCGCCAGCGUUGGGCUCUGAUGAUCCCAAAAGUGCCGAGCAAGAGAGAGUCAGAAACGAGAGGCGGGCUGCGGCGGAGCUGCGAUCGCGAACUCUUGGUCAGAACCUUCAGGACCAAGAUACCUCGCAGGGUCCGCAGACGUUGGUCACGGAACAACAGUCCUUGCAAUCAGGCGCUGCGCUCCCUGAAGUGCCACCCGCCCAGGAAACAUCGAUCGCACCCGCACCGUCUCCUCGAAAGUCUGAUUUUACGACGAUCCAGGCUCGAUUUCCGUCCAACACACUCAUAAAGUGUGUGCUCCCCGCUUCCAGCAGCGUCCACUCUCUCUUUGCACACAUCGGUCAAAAUGCCCCAAGCAUGGACGAGACCGUUGUUAGCACCAAAUUUACACUUCUCCAGCCCUUCCCAAGGCGAGUUUUCUUGGACGAUGAUAAGCAGUCCCUCUCAGAGGCUGGUCUUUGCCCAAGCGCCUCUUUGAACGUGAUCCGCGGUGCAGGUAUUGCAUCUCCAACUCAUCCCCUCUCAGGAGCCCUCGAUCAAGGUACAGCAAUGGACGAUGAUGACGUGGAUGACGGCGAUUCCUCAGAAAUGGGUGUGGACGGCGAAGAGAACGGUGAUGGAGGCCCGGUGGAUAUGGAAGUUGACGGCGAUGAAAGCGGCGACGAGGGGUCGAUGGAAGAAGAGGAGGACGAUGAUGAUGAAGAUGGGGUUCCUGGGCACGGGAUGGGAUUUCCUGGUCACGGAUUUGGUGGCAUGGGCCACGGGCAUCACUGGGGUGCAGGGAAUCGACUGACUGACGGAGCGACGGUACAGCCAUUACCUGCCGUUCCCCUAAAACGAAAGGUCGCCGCCGCGAAACGCCGACAAUUGGUUCCAUCCCUCAAAAAGCUGACACUGGAGAAAGCAUGUGGCAUGCUCAAAAAUCCGAAAACAUCGGUCCUCUAUCUAUCAUCACUUCGUCGGGUCGCUGCUCAUCAGGGUGAGGAGCUACUCCAGGCAUUGAUCAGGAAUCGGCAACUUGAUAAGACCACACUAGCAAGGUUGGGGCCUGUGCGUUUCCAGACUAUGGUGUUGGCCCAUACGCCAGUGUCUGAUUCCUGGUGUGACCUCAUCUCCGCAAAAUGGUUUGGAUGUUUGAACAAACUGGAUCUAAAAGGCUGUGAGGUCCUCACAGAUCAAGCCCUUCAGAGCCUGGCCGCUCUUCGUCAACUGGAAGAGCUUGACUUGACAGGUUGUCGCAUUACGGACCAUGGCAUACCGGACCUAGCAGACAUUGCAUCGCUUCAGGUUCUUGCCCUUUCCCGCACCAAAAUCACUACAACCGGACUUGUGUCACUGUCAUCAAGCCCUCUCUCGAAAACCCUGGUGUCCCUGAACAUCGCGCACUGCUCGAUAACGUCGAAUCGGAUCUUCCCCAUUCUGGAGCACUUCGAGCAACUGGAUGUUGUCGAUAUCACGGGAGUGUCGCUGGUCUCGCCAGCGGUUGCGCCCCGGAAUGGCGAUUUUGGGUUGCGCGUUCUAGAAGUGGGUUCGACCCGAUUGAGUGAUGCGGAUUUGAUCGCCGUCGUUCACAAGUGGAGCAUGCUGGAAGUGCUUGGGUUGCGAGGAUGUAUCGGCAUUGGAGUUGCAGGUUUAGGGGCAGCGGCGAAAUUGCUCAGGAACUUGUCACAAAUCACAUUCCCUUCCCGGCAAAUCGAUUUGACGCCCGUAAUAGGAUUGUACUACGACACCCCACUCACCCGACUGGACCUGGGCGGCAUGAUCAAUGUGACCGACGAAACAAUAGAAGGAUUGAACAAGCUAGCCCCUACGUUGACGGAACUUGAUUUGAGUGCCACGAAAGUCACCGACGCCAGUCUACGAGGCUGCCUCCCGCAGCUUGCCAGCCUCACCCACCUGCACCUUGACCGGACCGGAAUCACGGACGAGACUAUCUCAUUCUUGAAAUCACUCGAAAACCUCCACACCCUCUCCAUCGCGUCCACCAACGUCAGGUCUCCAGGAUUGAAGUACCUCAGUCAUUCCGAAUCCGUGCGGAUGAUCCGCGUACUCAACCUGGCGAGGACUUUGGUGGAUGAUAAAGGGCUGCCUUAUCUGACGGGUAUGGUCAACCUUUCGGCACUCAACUUGGAUGGGACCAAGGUGACAUUCGAAGGCGUUGAGGAGACGCUGGAGCCAGCGUUACCCAAUUUGCACCCACUUCGUUUGGCCGGUAUCGCGUCCCGUGCUGCGAACGACGACGAGGGUGCCGUGGAAGGAGAGCCACACGGAGCGGGCCAGGGGCAUUUGAUUUAAUUGAACUUCCCAGCGCAUGAAGCGGAGGUUCCCGAAUAACAUUCUGGGAAACCUGACAGGUGCCUCAACGAAAGUCAGACUGCGCAACUGAUCGCCUCCACAACAGCCCAAACGGCGCGUGUGCUAUCUUACGUCUCUGU